AUGGAACACAGAAGAUUGCGCAAAGGGCCGCUGCCUGGAGGUCGUCAGGGCGCGUCUGGAGCUGGCGCUGGACGCGACAGCAUGCGAACCGCCAGCCGAGCGCGAGGUGCUGCACGACCACCCAGCAGCCCCUCGCAUCCAUCAUCCCCACCAGCUUGCUUGGUGUCGGCAGGGUCUUCGCAGACCCAGCAAUCGGCACCCGCCACUGGUGGAGUACGCCGCAUGCGAUGGACCAUCAAUAUGAAUACAAACGCAUUGCGGGCGUAUUUUAGGGCGAAAGGGGGAGAAAUUGGAAGUUUCGCGUAUCGGGCUAGGAUGCAUCGUCUUUUUAUUGAGCUGGAGCCAUCUAUUACUGUCACCGAGCAAAACCUGGCAGACCGAGUUCGGUAUAUCUUACGCUCAAAUAUAUUUGAUGGCGCCGAACUCGAACGGCUACGACGUGAGGCUGUUCCCUCGUCAAAUGAAAACGCUACGGCUGGGGGUGCGGUGCCACAAGUUGCAGAACAACCCGCACACGUGGAUGUCGCCGAGAAUACCCCAGUGGUUGCUGAUUCAAAUGAUGAUGGAACAUUCACCCAGGAACUAGAAAUAGAGCAAAUGAGGAGUACAUUGGAAGAGGCGAUUAUGGAAACGCGCAGUACGCCUCUCGAAAAUCGACCGCGACUUCCUCGCAUACCCCUUAGCAAGCGAAAUCGGGCUGUCGUGCGGGCUCUUAACCUAAUGCUGGUGACCUAUUUGGAAGCCAGCCGGGACCUAUGCGAGACGGAUUCAAUUAUUUUUGGCGCCGCACUGGCAGUAUGCCGUAUUAUUGGCGCCAAACUUCCCGUGGCUGGACGUGCUACUCAACAAAGUAGCGCCAUCCCAGCCUGGAGAAAAAGAAUCGAGGACCGUAUCGCAAAGGCAAGGGCCCUUAUCGGUAGACUGACAAGCUUCAGGUCGGGUAAUAAUAGACCGAGGAUUAUGCGCACCGUUAGGAUGGCGUUUGCUGGGACAAAUAUCAGUUUGUCCCAGCCGGAUAUCACGCAAAAACUAACGGAGCGCAUAGACGACCUGAAGCAAAAGAUCGCUGCUUGGGGGAAGCGGAUUCGACGAUUUAGCGAGAGGUCAAGGCGGUUCAACCAGAAUCGUCUCUUCCAGAGUGAUCAGAAGAGGCUCUAUAAAUCAUUGGAGCGACCAGAGGUAUGUGGAGCGGGCCCAGGACCGGAUCAGGCUGACACUGUCGCAUUUUGGCGUGGCCUGUGGUCAGAGCCCGUAAACCACAGCGAGGGCCCUUGGAUGGAAGUUGUGGCGAGCCAGAGUGCAAGUGUUACGCCUAUGGACCCCGUCACCGUAACGCCUGAAGACGUGGCUGAGGCGGUCCGUAGGGCCCCGAACUGGAAAAGUCCGGGGCUCGACGGGCUGCAUCAUUACUGGCUGAAGGGGUUCGUAGUGUGUCACGCUGUGCUCGCCCGACAGUUUCAAGAGGCUCUCGAUCAGAAGUCGCUCCCGAGCCUCUUCACUACUGGGAUCACUCAUUUGGUUCCUAAAGAUCAGGAUACCACAGACCCGAGCAAAUACCGCCCCAUCACGUGGGCUCUUAACCCAGAAGAAAUCUUAGACAAAAAAGGAGCCCAACCAACUAGUAAGCAGGCUGCAGCAAAGUGA